AUGUCCGUGGGGCUCCAGAGUCUGCCGACGGAGCUUUUGGUUGAAAUUGCGGAAUUAUGCACCUUCGAUCUCGACCCUCCUGUUUCAUACUAUGCCAACCCAUCCAACUACCUGAGAAACCACAGCGCGCUCGCCCGGACAUCCCCCGGCCUAUACCACGCACUCAAUGGAGAGCUCUACAAGAAGAACCUCACCAGAGAUCCGCCGGCUCACUCAUGCGUCCUCUGGGCAGUAAACCAAGGGAGGCUUGAGACACUUGUUCGCGCUGUAGCCUAUGGAGCAGCCCUCAAUACGACAAUUGAAGUGGACGAAUUCGCCGAGUAG